AUGUGGUGGAAUAGCGAAGCAAUCGAGAACAUGGUCACAAGACAGUUUGUUAGCAACCGUCUUAACUCUCAAGCCGUCAACCGCCUGGAUCAGCGCCCAGACUUUGGUGACGACCUCACCGAUAGCACGUAUUGGGAAUGGAUCGAUGAAAAGGCGAGGAAACUGUUCCUCAUUCUUGCCGACCUGGGGAUCCCGAAUCGCAUUUUCGACGUUAUCGAUAAUUCGCUGGAGGAUGAAGAUCUCCCAUUUGCGCUCGACGAAGUGUGGCGCUUGAGGCUGUCGUCUUCUAGGAGCGGGAGAGUCGACAAGAAGUUUUACUACCGGCAAUUCCACUACCUCCUUCGAGAGCUUGAGAACGGCACUCACAUCGACUAUGAAGACCACGAAGUCGUCCCACUCGAGGUGGUCAGCAAAAAGAGCCCGGUUACACAGGGCCAACAUGUCGACCAAGUCACCGUUGCCACCCAGCCUGAGAUGCUGUUUUGCAGGUGCAGAAUACGUCUCGGCGAGGAGCACACCAGUGAGGGGGAGUUCAUGGACGACAUCGAGAGCAUCAAGGAUAUCCGGAAUGAACAUAUCAUGUCGUACUGGGCGUCUUACACUCAUAAGGGAUAUGGAUAUGUUCUGUUCACCCCACCACCCGAGUUCAGUCUUAAAACUCUCCUCACCACCAUGCCAGGCUGCUUGAAAAAGCUGGAGAAGCAGGCUCAGCGCCAAGUCGUGCUCAGCUGGAUCUACUGUUUGGCGGAAACAGUCUGUUUCUUCCAUGGCCGUGGCCGAGCACACGGCAACAUCCGGCCAUCCACAGUCACUUUCUCGAAGGACAAUUUCGUCUUCCUCACAGGCUUCACACCAUUCCACAUCACGCAUCUGAGCGGCACCACUGAGAGCCCACCAUUCGACCGAGAGGCGUACGACUACGCCGCACCAGAGAAAGUCUUUGCAUUGCCCUCUUCGUCACCAGGCACGUUGCAUCAUUGGCUCGAUAACGGCGACAACGACGUCCACGCGUCACCAUUUAACCCUCAGGCGGCCGACGUCUACUCGCUGGGAUGUGUCAUUCUCGAACUGGUCAGCUUCCUUUUCAAGAAACAAGGCCGCCCCUUUGCUGCACAUCGUUCCGCGAAACAUAGGGCCGCAGGACGUGGCGGCCCCUUUUCCGACGCAUCCUUCCAUGAGAAUGUGAUACAAAUCGAGAGCUGGAUGGCGGAGUUGUCCCAAGAGGCCUCAAAGAAGGACGAGCCGUUGUUCAAGGGUAUAUCGCCACUGCUGCACGUGGUAGAAGGAAUGCUCGCCUUCUUCCCCCACGAGCGCAUCACCAUCUACGAGGUACGCGACAAGAUACGUCAGAUCCUCGUCGAAUCGUGCGGUAUCGUAGAGCCUCAUUGCCUACGGCCAGGCCUCCAGUGGGACGUUGGUCUGGCCGGGCCCCGGAUGAGGUCGGAUUCAGAGAUGAGCGGGGCCAGUUCGGGCAUCAGGUCAUUCUCAACCGCAACAACCAAACGGGGAAGCGGGUCAACCGAUGGUGACCCCAAGCGAAUGAGUGCUGGGACUAGCAUUGGAAGCUGUACCAGCUCAAGGGGCAGUGAUGGCGGAAAGGAGGCAGCAAGGCCGAGGACCGCGUCCCGUGUGAACCACGAUAGUAGGACGGCAGCACAGUUGAAGAUGAUCGCGCUUGCGCAGGUAUGUCGUGCGGUGUGA